UGACAGGUAGACAAUGCUACAAUGAGCUCCUUCUUAGAUUACCCUGUGAUCAGCGGAGAAACCGCAUCCUGCUCCUCCAGGGCUUUUCACCCAGACCAUGGGAUUACAACUUUCCCGUCGUGCUCUGUCACAACUAAUACCUGCGGCGCUGACGAUCGCUUUGGCGUGGGCAGGGGCUCGCCAGGGGGCAUUCCUCACCACCCUCACCAGCCGGCCGCCUACCAGCCUCACAGCAGCCUGAGCCUCACCUACCCCAGUCACCCCAGCUGUGGCGCGGGGUAUGCCACACAGGGCUUCUGUGCGAGUUACAAUCAUUACCCACUGAACCAAGACGUGGAGUCUAGCGCGGGGUACCCUCAGUGCGCCCCAGCAGUUUACUCGGGGAACAUUUCGGCUUCCAUGGUGCAGCACCACCAGGGCUACACCGGAGCGUCGGUGGGGGUACUUCCGUACACGCACGGCGCUUACGGCCACGAGCAGGCGAACCUGCCCCUUCCCGGCUACACGAACCCCCUGUCUCCUCUCCACGCCUCUCACCACGACCCCUGCUGCUCUCCUCUGGCCGAGACAUCGCCCCAAGCACAGACCUUUGACUGGAUGAAAGUCAAAAGAAAUCCGCCCAAGACCGGGAAAGUUGGAGAAUACGGUUUCGCCGGCCAGCCCAACACGGUGAGAACGAACUUCACCACCAAGCAGCUGACGGAGCUGGAGAAGGAGUUUCAUUUCAACAAGUACCUCACGCGAGCCAGGCGGGUGGAGAUCGCAGCAGCUCUGCAGCUCAACGAGACUCAGGUGAAAAUCUGGUUCCAGAACCGGAGGAUGAAGCAAAAGAAACGCGAGAAAGAAGGUCUGUUGCCGAGUUCUCCGUCGGCAGCAGCAGAAAGCGAAGAAAGAGAAGACGCGUCGGAAAGAUCCCUUUCCGCCCCUUCGACACCUUCUCCAGCCUCAUCCUCAGCGUCCACCGCGGAGACGUGUCCCUCCAGCUGAAGCUCCUGAGCAGCGCGCUGACAGACCAGCCUGUCAUGCGGCUGCACCUCUGAGCUCCAGUCAUACUCAUCGGAGGAAUGUGGCAGAUUGCAUUGUCCGCAUUUUAUCAUGUUGUUUUAGUGAUAUAGAGCAAGUAAGUGCUGGGAUUUAGAUGAUCGGAAUUUCAAUGACAACAAUAUGUAUUAAAACACAAGACAGAUGACACAGUACAUACUGCAGUCAGCAAGCUGUUUUCAACCACAUGUGUAACUUCCCCAUAAUUUCAGGUGAUGAUGACAAAUCUAGAGAAAUGCACUAAAUGCAGAGAGUUUGCAGUCGGGUGAUCUUGCCUAAACUCUUCAGCUUAUGAUUUGCAAUUAUGUAAUUACUUUGAUGCAGUUAUAAUAUGUGUAUUUAAUCCAUUUUUUAGAAUCUCUUUUUACAUAACGACGGUAAGAUGUUAAGGGUAUAGAAAGACACAACUUAGGAGCGAUCUUACAUUUUUUUUAUUUUAUACAGGAAAAAACGAUAAUGAAAAACAGAUACCUCAUAAAGAAGACAAGCUCACUUUAUUGUAAAUUGUGUUUAUUUGUGUGAAAUAAAACGAAAUUGCACUGAAACGUUUUACUAUUGAAAUGUUCAAAGUGGGCUCAUCCCGAGCCUGUGAAGUCGCACACUUUAAAUACCUCGGAAUACCAAGUUGUAUUUGACACCUGUGUUCGUGACGACGUCUGCAUGAUGCACAGCGCUUUGAUGUACCUCCCUUAACACUGAGUUUUAUCAGUUGUAAAAGUAUAUUUCUGUACAAGCGAAGAAACUAUAACAACACAUGUAAUGUAUUUGAAUCGAGUAAAGUUUACGGGUCUAUGUAUGAUAUGUAUUAAAACUAUCCUGCUUCUAAACAAACCAGAAAUGACUUUUUUUUCCCACAACAGGGUUAGGAGUUAAUUUGG